AUGCCCCCAACAAAGCCCCUCCCAACCGACCUCCCAAUCCACGCCUUCGCCAGCGCACCAGAAUUCGAAACCUUCCUAGAAAACAACCACAGCACCGCCGCAGGGGUCUACAUCAAACUCGCCAAAAAGUCCUCAGGGAUCGCAUCCAUAACCGCCCCCGAAGCCGUCGAAGUCGCGCUGUGCUUCGGGUGGAUCGACGGGCGCUCGAACGGGCUGGACGAGAAUUUCUGGCUGGUGCGGUAUACGCCGCGGCGGGCGAAGAGUCUCUGGUCUGCGAAGAAUGUAGGCACGGUUGCGAAGCUUGUUGAGGCGGGCAAGAUGAGGAGGGCUGGGCUGGAGGCUGUAGAGGCGGCGAAGAGGGAUGGGAGGUGGGAGAGGGCUUAUGAUGGGCCUGCGAACAUUGAGGUUCCGCCGGAUUUGGAGGAGGCGUUGGGUGCGGAUGGGAGGGCGAAGGAGGUCUUUGAGGGGUUGAAUCGGACGGAUAGGUAUUUAGUCCUGCAUCGGUUGCAGACGGGAACGGUGUCGAAGAGGGCGGAGAAGAUUGAGGCUGUUGUGGAUAUGUUGAGCAGGGGAGAGGUUUCGAUGUCGAGGGGAAAUGGGAAGGGGAAGGAAAAGGGGAAUGGAACUCAGACGUUCAAGGUUGAGAAGAAGACAGUGAAGACGAAAAAACCCAGGGUUGAAAAGGCACCUGCGAACGUGUCGAAGCGUGUUGAGACUACUUCAUUGUCGAGCGACAGUACUCGACAACUGCGGUCUCGCAAACCGCGUCAGUAG